CCCACGCGCCGUCGCCCCGGCUCCGCCCCACUGAGAGCAGAAACUUGUGGGGCCUGCCUCGGAGCGGAGCUCUCCUUCUUGCGGUGGUCUUUACUACCAUGCCGCUGUAUGAAGGCCUAGGGAGCGGCGGGGAGAAAACGGCAGUCGUGAUAGACCUAGGAGAGGCUUUUACCAAGUGUGGAUUUGCUGGAGAAACUGGUCCAAGAUGCAUAAUUCCUAGUGUGAUUAAAAAAGCUGGUCUGCCUAAGCCUAUCAAAGUUGUUCAAUAUAAUAUCAAUACAGAAGAAUUGUAUUCCUACCUAAAGGAAUUCAUCCACAUACUGUAUUUCAGGCAUCUGUUGGUGAAUCCUAGAGACCGCCGAGUUGUGGUUAUCGAGUCGGUACUAUGUCCUUCCCACUUCAGAGAGACACUCACUCGGGUUCUUUUCAAAUAUUUUGAGGUUCCAUCUGUCCUGCUUGCUCCAAGUCAUCUAAUGGCUCUUCUGACACUUGGGAUAAACUCUGCUAUGGUCCUGGAUUGCGGAUAUAGGGAGAGCCUGGUGUUACCUAUAUAUGAAGGAAUCCCAGUACUAAAUUGUUGGGGAGCACUCCCCCUAGGAGGAAAAGCUCUUCACAAGGAGUUGGAAACUCAGCUACUGGAGCAAUGUACUGUUGACACAGGUGCUGCUAAAGAACAGAGCUUUCCCUCUGUGAUGGGUUCAAUUCCAGAAGGUGUCUUAGAGGACAUUAAAGUGCGCACUUGCUUUGUAAGUGAUCUGAAACGUGGAUUAAAAAUCCAAGCAGCAAAAUUUAAUAUUGAUGGGAAUACUGAGCGUCCCUCACCACCUCCAGAUGUUGACUACCCAUUAGAUGGAGAGAAGAUUUUACAUGUUCUUGGAUCAAUCAGAGAUUCAGUUGUGGAGAUUCUUUUUGAACAAGAUAAUGAAGAGAAAUCAGUUGCCACUUUAAUACUGGAUUCCCUUAUACAGUGCCCAAUAGACACCAGAAAGCAACUAGCAGAGAAUUUGGUAGUCAUAGGUGGUACAUCUAUGUUGCCAGGAUUUCUCCACAGAUUGCUUGCAGAAAUAAGGUAUUUGGUAGAAAAACCAAAAUAUAAAAAAGCACUUGGCACCAAGACAUUCCGAAUUCAUACUCCACCUGCAAAGGCUAAUUGUGUGGCCUGGUUGGGAGGAGCUAUUUUUGGGGCACUGCAGGACAUACUUGGGAGCCGUUCAGUCUCAAAGGAGUAUUAUAAUCAGACAGGCCGUAUACCUGAUUGGUGUUCUCUUAAUAACCCACCUUUGGAAAUGAUGUUUGAUGUCGGGAAAGCUCAGCCACCGCUGAUGAAGAGAGCCUUUUCCACUGAGAAAUAAAAUUUGAUUGAAAUUCAACUUUGCUUUGUAUCAAGUAUCUAAUCAAUUAUAAGCAAAUUGUACAAAGUAUAUAGGAUGCUGUUAGAGAUGAUUUUAUGGAAGUGAAAGCAUUUCUUUAGUUACUUUUUGCAUUAAUAUUUAAUUCUUUUGACUGUUGUUCCUCUUGUGUAACAGUAAAAUAGUAGCUGAUGCUUAUGAAAUUUGUUGUAUUUAUAUCAAUAAAAUAUAGUAAAGCAG